UUUGGUUUUUAUUUAGAUUAUUCUUUGUUCGAUCCAAUUUCAUUUUGUCGUGUUCAAAAAAACAAGCAGAUAGAGCGAAGAAAAGUGUAAAGGGGGGGAAACAAAAAUGUUCCUAUAAAUAGAACUGGAUAUUAACCACUUCCAUUUAGUCGCAAACGAAGUCUGCCGUCGUUUGGAUCCAAUAAAACGAACAAAUUCAAAUAAAUUCAGAAAAUAAUUAAUAAAAAUGACUCCGAAAUUAACAUAUUUUAAUGGAAAGUGGUUGGCUGAGUUAACACGCCUUCUCUAUAGCUAUGGUAGCGUUGAGUUUGAAGAUGUUCGCGUGACAUACGGUGGAAGUGAAUGGGAUAGUUUAAAACCAACAACUCCGUUUGGUCAAUUACCAACGCUGGAGGAAAAUGGAAAGGUUGCUUGGCAAAGUGCUGCUAUUGCUAGAUAUGUUGCAAAAAAAGUUGGAUUAAUGGGAUCUAACGAUUGGGAAAAUUUGGAAAUUGAUGCCAUAGUCGAUACUUUAGCUGAUUUAAGAUUCAAAAUGUCCCAAUUUUUUUAUGAAAAAGAUGAAACAAAACAAGGAGCUUUAAAGAAAACUGCUAUCGAUGAAACGAUCCCUUAUUAUUUGGAGAAAUUGGAUAAAAUUGCCAAAGAAAAUAACGGUCAUAUGGUGGCUAAAAAAUUAACCUGGGCUGAUUUUGCUUUAACAGUACUUCUCGAUAACAUAGAAGUUAUUGGUGGAAAAACUCCAUAUGAAAAGUUUAAAAACUUAAUUGCUGUAAAGAAUAAUGUUGAAUCAAUUCCCAACAUUAAAAAAUGGCUUGAAACUAGACCUGUUACUGAAUUUUUUCAAAUCAGAUUAAAAAAAUCAUAUAAUCAUUUUGUUGUUUUGAAAAAAAUAAUCGUUUCAUUAAAUAGAAUGAUACCAAAAUUAACAUAUCUUAAUGGAAAGUGGUUGGCGGAGUUAAUACGUCUCCUCUUUAGCUUUGGUGAUGUCGAAUUUGAAGAUGUUCGUGUGGUAUAUGGUAGUACCGAAUGGGAAGAUUUAAAACGUAACACUCCGUUUGGUCAAUUACCAAUAUUAGAGGAAAAUGGAAAAGUUGUUUGUCAAAGUACAGCUAUCGCUAGGUAUGUAGCAAAAAAGGUUGGAUUAAUGGGAGCUAAUGAUUGGGAAAAUUUAGAAAUUGAUGCUGUUGUUGAUACCAUAAAUGAUUUGAGAUUUAAAAUGUCGCGGUAUGCUUAUGAGAAAGAUGAAAUUAAAAAGGAAUCAAUGAAGAAAAUAUCUAUGGAGGAAACACUUCCUUAUUAUCUAGAAAGAUUGGACAAAAUUGCCAAAGAAAAUAAUGGUUACAUGGUGGCUAAAAAGUUAACCUGGGCUGAUGUUGCUUUAAAAGCUAUUCUAGAAAAUAUUGAAGUUCUCGCUGGAAAAACUCCGUACGAAAAGUACGAAAAUUUAAUUGCCGUUAAAAAUAAUGUUGAUUCAAUUCCAAACAUAAAAAAAUGGAUUGAAACUAGACCUACCAGCGAUUUUUAA